CGGAGACGGCGCUCGAGAGCCUCAUGUCGCGUAUCGCGAGCCAGUUGCAUACGCUGCGUACGUAACAUAUUCAUCUUAUCAAGCGGCGCAGGAAGAUUACAUAGGUAUUCGCAUUCGUGGAAGCAAGCACGCGCUACAUCGAGUGCUUACGCGUUUGACUUACAUAUGUGUUUUGUACCGAGUCAUACGGCAGCUGUAAACGAAGUGCAAGUGGCAGCAUUAACUGCUCCAAUGGCCGCGGCUAUCCGUUCACCAGCACGAAAGUCUCGCACAUGCGUGACAGAGUAAGGACGUGGAGUGGUGGGAAUGUGCGGAUGCAGCACGUUUCAAACGUACUGAGUAACGGUAUGUAGUCGCAGAUAAUGAAUUUUGCCAAUGCAAAAUUUGAGGUCGAAGGAGCACGCAUACAAAUAUCGCACGUGUCUGAUCUCGAGGGGUCGGCCAGUGGGGAAUCCAAUCGCGAAUGAUCAUCAGACCGCAAAUUGUCGGACGAAGGACACUGCUCGCCGCAAAAAAUGCCCGCAAUUUCUGGGCGAAAAUGCUCGGUGGGAAAAAUAGGCCGUUGGCGUCGGAGGUCUUAACGAGCUACCUAUUGCAAACCGGCGAGCCACCCUGGACCUCAUACUUCGUCCGGUACGCGGACGUGGUGAACGAUCAGCGCGGAAUGUCACACUUCAAUUGGCCCGCGGGCGGCAGCAAUUACCACGUGCUUAGGACCGGCUGUUUCCCGUACAUCAAGUACCACUGCAGCAAGCGUCCGGCGCAGGAUCUCAGCGGCGAGGACAGAUUUUUCAAGGCGAUCAAGAUCUUGAACCUUGGUAUUCCCACCCUGAUGUACGGUCUGGCGGCUACACAGCUUAUCCGACACCGCGAGAUCGUGAAGACGCCUCGGGGCGACGUGACGAUCUACUUCUUGCUACCGGAGGACAAAGGCUCGCAAUACUGAGGCCGAACUACACCGACGCUAAAUCGUAUCGAGGCCCCUCGUCACGGUCCUCCUCCGAGGGGACGUUAACGGCGGCCAAAUUACAUCUCGCGUGGCGAGAGUUACAUCGAGAGAGCUACGUCGGACGAUCGUUGCAGCUCUUUCAUCCCCGGGUCGUGUUGUCGCUCGCGUCAUCCCGGCGCUAGAUUCUCGGGUGCGGGGCAAGAUAGGUGGCGCAAGAAAAUCUGAACGCCGUCGUGAACGUAUCUUAGCGCGGAGGAUGCAGACGUUAAUUUUCUCAACUAACAAAACGGAGAUGUGCGGAAUAUCGCUUUGGUGCGCGCGUGUUGCCGCAUUGGACUGUCCUAAAAAUAACAACGCAAUUCAGUGUAAGUGUGAAUGGUAUCCAUUCAUUGGCAUCACCGACAAUGUCUGCCAAGCGAGAUGUUAAUAAACAUUUACAUCUUGGAACAAGCAUUGCCGUUGUUUUUUCGCAUGCGAGAUUUCACAUCCGCACGAUGGGAUAUUGGGCGCGUGUUUGACCACUAAUUACUGAUGCAAAAGCCAUAUCGCUUUCGUAUUUCUCGUAAAACUCGAGAAUAAUAAAAUGUUUAAACAAAACAUGUAAAAAGUUAAAAAAAAUUAUUUAUACAAAUAAUUUCUCGAUUUGGCCGAAAUUCGAACCAUUUUUGACUAAUUUAGCACAGAUUAAAAA